AAGAUGUCUUCUAAGGACUUUCGAGAAAGCAGACUGAGGUUCUCGGACUGCCUUAAUGGCCAGCGCUGGAUAUUCCUGAAAAAAGGUCUAGAUGACUUCAGAGAUGGCUUUCCUCCUUCACCUGAUAACAUGAUUGUGUAUGGUAGAAAGAGGCCUGUCUCAAUUACCCUUCAAAACAGCACACUGAAAUCUUUGUCCACAGUUCCAUGGAAGAAAAAGAAGUGGGCCAAAAUGCAGGUCUGUCUUUCCAAGCUCAGCCCGCUGCAGCAAGCCCGGAGGGAUUAUGUUGCACAGAUAGAGUGCUGUCUGAACCAGCAUCCCUUAGGGCUCUACCCACGCUUGGAAAAAAGUAUCUCCCCAAAGCUCUUGAAAGAGGUUGCUGGUGUCCUGGAUCCUGAAAUGCUUUUGAAGAGCAAGGCUGGCUACAACGACUAUGAAGAGGAGAACCAACCCCUUCAGGAGGUGCUGAAUCACAUGGAGGACGCGCAAAGCCAAGUAACAGCUUCCAAGACACAAGUACAGUGAGUACAGGACAACAUGAAGACAGCAACACAAAUGGC